CCCGUACAGCCACAACCCUGCCCACACUAGUCCGGCACACACGAGGCCACCACACGGGCCCAAGAGAUGAGUGCAGGCGUCAACGACCAUGCGGUCCUCAGCGGUGACAGCAUUGAGUGUGAGAGCGCACAACGUGUUGGCGUUGGAGCAAGCGGUCCGGCACAGCUCGGCCCACUACUCCCCUCCACUCCCGCCCUACCCUGCAUCCGAGAAGGCCAAACGGCUCUACCCUGCCUCCGAGAAGGCGAGCCCUUUCUCUUGGGCGAGGAAGCACUCGCACUAG